GCCGCCGUCUCCUCACCGGGACUCACUCGCUAAGAGACAGAACCGGCAGGGACGUCACAACAUCGGAGCCGAGACGCGGUUCUCGCUGCGCCCGUUGGUGGAUUUCAACUCAACGUCAAGGGAGCGAUAGUUGCUCGCUGCGAAAAUAUGCUUUGAAAUUGUCGAGCGGACGAUGAAGUUGGUGCUGGUCGUGUUGUUGUCGCUCCUGACCGCCGAGAAUGUUGCUGUGCAAGCUCAGGAUGACUUCGUGUCACUGGCCGAGUUGGAGGAUUCCUUAUUGAGGAACCUGUUCCGAGGUUACCAGAAGUGGGUUCGACCUGUGCAGCAUGCCAAUGACACCAUCACUGUGCGCUUUGGACUAAAGAUCUCACAACUGGUGGAUGUGGAUGAGAAGAACCAACUGAUGACUACAAAUGUCUGGCUUUGGCAGGAAUGGGUCGAUGUCAAGCUAAAAUGGAAUCCAGAUGAAUAUGGCGGUAUUACAUCGAUCCGAGUACCUUCAGAGACUAUAUGGCUGCCAGACAUUGUUCUGUAUGAAAACGCGGAUGGUCGUUUUGAGGGUUCCCUGAUGACUAAAGCCAUUGUUCGGUGGGAUGGGACCAUCACAUGGACCCCGCCUGCCAGCUACAAGUCCUCUUGCACCAUGGAUGUCACCUUCUUUCCGUUUGACCGUCAAAACUGCUCCAUGAAGUUUGGCUCCUGGACUUAUGAUGGUAACAUGGUUGAUCUGGCUCUGGUGGAUCACUAUGUUGACCGCAAAGACUUUUUUGACAAUGGCGAGUGGGAAAUCCUCAAUGCAACAGGAAUGAAGGGAAGCAGGAGGGAUGGGGUGUACUGGUACCCCUUUGUAACUUACUCCUUCAUCCUCAAGAGGUUGCCCUUGUUCUACACCCUCUUCCUCAUCAUCCCGUGCCUUGGUCUGUCCUUUCUUACUGUGCUGGUCUUCUAUUUACCAUCAGAUGAAGGAGAGAAACUGUCACUUUCCACAUCUGUGUUGGUGUCACUUACUGUCUUCCUCCUGGUUAUAGAGGAAAUCAUCCCCUCAUCCUCAAAGGUGAUCCCAUUAAUUGGAGAAUACUUGCUAUUCAUUAUGAUCUUUGUCACCUUCUCCAUUAUUGUAACCGUCUUCGUUAUUAAUGUCCAUCACCGCUCCUCUGCAACCUACCACCCCAUGGCCCCCUGGGUGAAGACCCUCUUCCUUCAGCGACUGCCCAGGCUGCUAUGUAUGCGGGGGCACACCGACAGAUACCACUACUCGCAUACUGAGAUAUGUAGCCCUGAGCUGAAACCUCGUAGAGGUAUAGGAAGAAAGGGGGCUCCGGGACAGCAGAGAGGGCAAGCUGGAGGGAAGGAAGAGGAGAAUCAAGCCUGGCUUGCAAUGCUGGAGAAGGCCACGCAUUCUGUUCGCUACAUCAGUCGUCACAUCAGAAAGGAGCACUUCAUCCGUGAGGUUGUACAAGACUGGAAGUUUGUGGCUCAGGUGCUGGACAGGAUUUUCCUGUGGGCCUUCCUCACUGUGGCAAUAUUAGGAACAGUGCUCAUCUUCACACCAGCUUUGCAUAUGUACCUCAGCUCACCUUAAAGGUCCCAAAUUUUGGCGCUCUUUCGACGUCCAUAGAGUGACUCUCCAACAUGGACUUUGGACACUUAAAAGUGUCAAUUUCAUUUCAAAAAAACACCUUGGUUUUGUCAUAUGAGUGUCCAGACAAAGCCCCUCUGACAGCUACUUCUGUUUGACAAAGUUUUGUAUCCGCUUUGUCCAUAUAUGGCUAAGACCGCCCCCUUUCCUCUGAUUGCUUGCCUCUGUGUAGAAGACCCAACCCUCACUAUUUUUUGCGAGAACACUUGUUUGUUAUGUUGACAGCGCUGGCUUGAGGGCGAAGAGGUAGUUGGAGAACUUGACGGAGUGACGUAGAUAAGCUCGAGAAAUUCGAAUGACCUGAUUUCAGGCCUCUCAGCAGAAAAACGUCUGUAACUCACAAAUGCGUGGAUGAAUUUAAUUAAUAUUUUCCAUGUUUACUGAGGCACCAUAGAGCCAAUAGAAAAAGUUGGUUUGGUAAAAUAUGGGACCUUUAAUGAACAUAUACCACCAACUAAUUUUCUAGAAUUCCUCUUUUUCUGGGUGCAAAGUUGAAUAAACCAUCAUAUAUAUAUAUAU